CUAGAAACAACUUCUUCAAGGCAUGUAAUGGUUUCUGGAAGAGAGGCACACAUUUCCCGAAAUUACAAUGCUCUCGCUUAGACUGCUGUAUUUUCAAGCGUUUGGAACCCUGGUAGGAUUAUCCGUGGUUUUAGUGGUUGUUAGUGGUGACGAAGAUAUUGCCCUCAACAUCACGCCUUUGGAGGAAUUGACCAAGGUUCCAUUAUGCUCAUGGGUGCCUCAAGACAUUGUGGAAUGCGAUAUCAUCGUGGAACCCGUUUGCAAAACCAAAGUGACGAGGGAAUGCCGCAUCCAAUCAACUCCAAGGAGACGAUGCGGUCGGAGGAAAGAGAGGAAAAAAUGCACCGUGGUGCCCUAUCCCGAAUGUAAACGCAUUUGCAUGAGUCCGGAAAAGGACGAAAUCCAGAAAUGUAAAGUGGUGGAACUCUGCACAAAGUCAGGAGACGGCGAAGAUUGUCCUUUGGAAGAGAUUUGUUAUAACAAACCUCUGUCCACCCCGGAGUUACGGGCCCGUUGUUUGGUGGAAAGCUGUCAGAAGUGUGAGAUUGUCGAGGAUAGGAGCGGAGACUCCAAUGAUAUCGAUGACUGUGAAACUCGAGCAGAUCCAGGUCCUGAUUGCGAUUUGAUUGAGACGCAAGAGUGUGUGGAGGAAGAGCGGGAGAUCUGUGAGACCAGACCCGGUGAUCCUGUCCUGGUCUGUGAUGAAUGAGAGACAUGAGGGAAUUCAUUAACCACAAAACGAUCAGUAUUAUCUUGGCAAAAGAAAAAUAAUUAGAGGAACCACUGACUCCAAGAAUAACCUUGGUUUUGGCUCGUCAUGUCCAUUCAUUUCCCUCGAGUAGGAAAGUCGAAUUUACGUGAGUCUGGACGGAAAAUCUUCCGAGAAGAAGGAGUCUCUGAGCGUAGGUUCAGUUUACAAGAGGCUUAAAUAUAUUCCAAUUUAUUUGUUAGCACUCAUAGAUAUCUCUGUGUUUAGACACUGAAUAAUGAUCAAUAAAUAAAAAAUGACAUUUGGCACAAUCGA